GCUGUCUCAGAGCUGAAAUCACAAUCCCCAGUCGAAGCUCAGUCCCCGAUAUACACGUCGUGAGACACCGGGCCGCUCUCCGUCCUGUAUCAAACUCUUCCUCCAGACAGUCGACUAACGGACCACCAUGGGAGUCGAAGGCUGCACCAAAUGUAUCAAGUACAUGCUUUUCUUAUUCAACUUCAUCUUCUGGCUCGCGGGAGGUGUCAUCCUGGGCGUGGCCCUAUGGUUGAGACAUGACCCCAAGACCAGCAACCUGCUGGAGCUGGAGUUGGACGGAGCCCACGCCCCCAGCACCUUCUACAUCAGUGUCCACAUCCUCAUCGCCGUCGGCGCAGUGAUGAUGGUGGUCGGUUUCCUGGGAUGCUACGGAGCCAUCCAGGAGUCCCAGUGUCUUUUGGGAACUUUCUUCGCCUGCCUGGUCCUCCUGUUCGCCUGCGAGGUCGCUGCCGGAAUCUGGGGCUUCAUGCACAAAGACACCGUGUCGAAGGAGAUGAUCAACUACUAUGACACCGUGUACGACAAGGCCGCCAAAGAAUCCCUCAUCGUUGAGACCGAGCAGCCCGCCGCCGCCGUGCUCAAGGUCUUCCAUGAGACGCUGAGCUGCUGCGGUAAAGGCAAGGGAACCGCCAUCCUGACCAAGCUGACCGACGCGCUCGGCCUGACCGAUCUCUGCCCCCGCUCCGGGGUGUCAGUCGAUUGCCACAGUCGGAUCGACGCGCUCUUCACAGACAAGAUCUACCUGAUCGGUAUCGCCGCCCUGGUGGUCGCAGUUAUUAUGAUCUUCGAGAUGAUCUUCAGCAUGGUGUUGUGCUGCGGGAUCCGCAACAGCCCGGUGUACUAAAGCGACGGGAUGAAGGAGUGUUGUCUCCCGUCUCGUUCUUUUCUCAUUUUCUUUUCUAAAAGCAGGAAACGUCACGUAUAUAACUUGCUGGAUUUGAGUCGACUCUUUGAGAAGACAGCGUAGACCAUCCUCCAUUGGGUGUUUUAAUUACACUGUCCCUAUUUUUUUUUAUUUUUUACGAAUGCUGUAUUGCAUAAUUGUCCAGUGCUCGCCUAACCCUGAUAUGUAGAUAUUAUAUCACACAUGACGUCCACCGGUCCUGGUGCUCUAACCCCUUUGUGAUUUUACUGCUUCCUCGCCUAUGAACAUGCUCUUAUACUCUUGGUUUUAAUGGAUGUUUUUUUCACUGUUUUAUGUAUAAAACUGUAUAUAAAUAUAUAUAUUAACAGUGCUUUAUGGCUGCCAAGCAUGGAAAUUACAUUGCAGUAGACCCUUCUCCCCGUAUCCUUCCUGCACUCUGCUUGUCCGUCCCGCUCUCGACUAAACCAGUGGCGCCUCACCACGCCAUGUAGGAGGCGAACACACACCGACACACACAGACACACACACAGACGCACACACACCCUGUUCAGUGUCCCGGUUCACAACCACGCCGCUGUGUGACGUCUGUCUGAACCGACUAAAGAAGGAAUCUCAGUUAUUCUUAGAAGCUGGAACCAAAGUCAAAGUGACCCGAUGUCUGUCGGCUGGGCCUCGUGUCGAUGAUGUUUGUUGUUUCAUUGUGUGUCUAAAAGUUGUCUUUAGUGCUCAGUUGUAUAAAACCCUUUUUUAAGUCCAGUCUGGUCCGGCCGGGUUCCAGACUUAUGAGUCUCCACCUGCAUUGAACAUUUUGUCCAAUAGAAACGUUUUAACUGGGCGGUAAACAAAAGGAGUGGCAGGGAGUUUAACUUCGUCACAGAGAAAUCGGUUUAAAAAUAUAUCUGUGAACCCGCCCCGCCCCCUUUGGGGUGAUCUUUAAUAAAUAAAUACAAUUAAUCUAAAAAGAGAGAGAAAUCAAACAUAUUCCGUUUUAUACAACUGUACACUUAUUGUGAAGGCAACUUGUUUUACGCUACAAUCUCCUAAAUCAGAGGACUCUAAUUGAAACACGACCCCUACCAUCUACACUUGAAGCAGGUUUGUGCUCCGGAUGCAUCCGCGUAUUGGUUGUGUGCUUUUUCAUCAAGCUUGCUGACCGUCCACAUGAGCCGAAUGUCCCUGGUUACUUGUGUCCAAACAAAACAGGGGUUAGACACAAUAACAUGAACCCCAGUGCAGAUGAAUCAAACGGCGUGUGAUGUGCAUUGGAUUUAAAACUUGCGCUGUGCACACAAACAGAUCCAGUGUUGCACCACAAGUCGGUCCUACCCGCCUGCUGCAGUCCAGCCAAUCAGAUCGCUCCCACCCGGUCAACCAAACGUGAGGUCCGGGCUUUUUUGUUUGACUAAUCUUGUACUCGACCGCAAAAAACUGGUCCUGAGGUCUGUUUCCACGCUACGCAUAGAUAGCUGCACUAGCACCGCGCGUCACAAACAACUCUUAAGUCAUAUCAUCUCGCGUAACCUCCAGUAUUAUCACAGCUUUCGUCGGGCCGACAAAAAAUAAAAAAAUUCUUCUUAGCAUCUCAUACUCGUACAUACCGAGAAACAGCUAAAAAAAGAAAGUGUCUUAUAUGUACAGCUCUGACGUACUAACAAAAAUCAUGAAGACUGUAGAAAGACAAUGUAUGCCCUUUUUUCUUGUAUUGUGAUAUCAGUGUUUGGUACGUCGUCGACUGAGUCAAGAAAGAAAGGGUGAUUUUUCUUUAGUGGCAGUGGCGGCAGAAGAAGUCGGUCCUAAAGAAGAAGAAAAGCCCCCAGUCCGGUUUGCCCCCAUGACGAGGACACUCGCUGUGUUCCUCUGACCGCUGCCCCUUAUUUUCUUUUUAAUUCGGGAAGCUGACACUCGGGACCCACUGCCACUUCGAUCUCAGCCUCUCUAGUCUUGUAGACUUCGGUUUGCCCAAAGUAUAAAGGGAUUAAAUGUAUUUUACAAAUAAUACAGUCAA